GGGGUGGACGGACUGGAAACGCUGGGAGAGAGGGGCUCGGAGCCCUGCUGGUAUCAGGAUCUGCGGCUUGGACUGAGCCAGCGUCCUCCGUGCUAGACGAUAAAGGCGAGCCUGACGUUUACACCCAGUUCAGUAUUUGCACCCCGAAAUUUACCCUGAUACUGACUGUAUCAGAUCCCAGAUCUGGGAUAACUCAGAUCCCGCUGGGACCGUAGGUGAAUUCCCGCUUCACUUCUCAGAUGUAACCCCAGAAGCCUGGGUUUCCUUCAGCUGAGCAGCAGGUGGCCACUUGGUGCUCAACUACUCCACCCGAAGCCAAGUUUGGUGGGCACUCAGCCAAGCACUGAACGCGACAGAAAGUCCAGUUCCACCCGUCCCAAGGCCUGGUCUGCCCGGCCCAGUGCCUACAGGGCUAGAAUCGGGAGCUUUGUGAUUCACCCUUGAAGCCUCAACCGUCUUUGCUUCUCAGGUGCUGUCCUUAGUUUCAGGCCAGUGAAAACCUGCCGGGCUUAGACCGUCAUGAGCGAGGCCAGUAGAGAUGAUUAUAAAAUCCAGUCUUUUGAUGCAGAGACGCAGCAGCUGCUGAAGACCGCGCUCAAAGAUCCAGGUGCUGUGGACUUAGAGAGAGUAGCCAACGUGAUUGUGGACCAUUCUCUGCAGGACUGUGUAUUCAGCAAGGAAGCAGGACGCAUGUGCUACGCCAUCAUUCAGGCAGAGAGUAAGCAAGCGGGCCAGAGCGUCUUCCGCCGUGGGCUCCUCAACCGGCUGCAGAAGGAGUAUGAUGCGCGGGAGCAGCUCCGAGCAUGCUCCCUGCAGGGCUGGGUCUGCUAUGUCACCUUUAUCUGCAACAUCUUUGACUACCUGAGGGUGAACAACAUGCCCAUGAUGGCCCUGGUUAACCCUGUCUAUGACUGUCUCUUCCAGCUGGCCCAGCCUGAGAGUCUGAGCAGGGAAGAGGAGGUGGACUGCCUGGUGCUGCAGCUGCACCGGGUCGGGGAGCAGCUGGAGAAGAUGAACGGGCAGCGCAUGGAUGAGCUCUUUAUCCUAAUCCGGGACGGCUUCCUGCUCCCGACAGACCUCAGCUCCCUGGCACGGCUGCUGCUGCUGGAGAUGAUUGAGUUCCGGGCAGCUGGCUGGAAGACCACUCCUGCUGCCCACAAGUAUUACUACAGUGAGGUCUCUGACUAAGCCCAGGUCUGCACAUGCCUUCCCGUGACCCUCUUUUCAAGCUGGCACCAGAAUCCUUGCUUCAGCCCCUUCUAGACUUUUUUGACUGCUGUGGUUCUGCCGUCUUCCCUUCCCUCAAUCUGGACUUGUCUCCUGGCUGAAGACUGACUGUCUUCCUCUCCCCUCAAGUCCUGUUAUCUUCCCACCACCUUCCUCCUGGGCCUGACAGGGGAGAACCAACUAACAAACACUGAACUGUGUAGCCACUGGUGCAACAUGACCUUGGUGCCUCAGUUUUCCUGUCUAUAAAAUGGGCAAUUUUAGCCAUUGGUGGAAUGCUUUGGGAUGUUAAGGGCAAGUUACAAGAAAUGGUGUUUUAUAUAUUUUAUAGAGAGACUUUUGUGGAGGAAGCCUGUUUCCUCCAGUCAUGAGUGACUGCCUCACCAGGUUGGGGUGAGGGUUUUCUAAUAAAUCUUUUCUGAAACCAAA